GCUCGCUGGUGGCUGGGCCGCCAUGGCGCUGCGGUGUCUGCAGCGCGUCGAGCUCGCGCUCUUCGCUGCCGCCUUCCUGUGCGGGGCGGUGGCGGCCGCGGCGCUAACCCGGACCCAGGGCUCCUUCAGUGGCAGGUGUCCCCUGUACGGUGUGGCCGCCCUGAAUGGCUCCUCCCUGGCCUUAGCCCGCCCCUCAGCCCCAUCCCUCUGCUACUUUGUGGCGGGGGCCUCCGGCCUCCUGGCUCUCUACUGCCUCCUGCUCCUGCUCUUUUGGGUCUACAGCAGCUGCAUCGAGGACUCCAGCAGGGGUCCUCUAGGGCUCCGCGUCGCACUGGCUGUCUCAGCUGUCGCCGUCUUCCUCAUCUUAGUGUCUGCCUGUGUCCUUCGCUUUGGCACCAGCUCUCUCUGCAACUCCAUCAGCUCCCUGAACAAAACAAUUAGCUGCUCUGGAGCCCAGAAAAUCCCGUGGACACCCCCUGGAACCGCUCUGCAGUUUUACUCCAACCUACACAACGCUGAAACGUCUUCCUGGGUGAAUCUGGUCUUGUGGUGUGUGGUCUUGGUGCUCCAGGUCGUGCAGUGCAAGUCUGAAGCCGCCCCAUACCGGCCUCUGGAAAGGGGUGACCCUGAGUGGAGCACUGAGACAGAUGCUCUGGUUGGGCCACGCCCUUUCCAUUCCUGAAGAAACUGAAGAACACCUCCUACAGCCAAAGACUCCAUGCCCAAGUGCCUGCAAUCCUCUUGCCCCUUGCGUGGUCCUAUUUAUAUCGGGAGUCUCUCUUCCCUACAGGAGGGAAACACGACAGACUGCCCCUCCCCAACCGCCUUCUUACAGCUGUUUUUGUACCAAAAUAUUAUAUGACUUUCUUCAUCUGGUAUAAAAUUCUUGAUGUUAAGCAAGUAGCUGGGAGGGAGGCUUGAAACAGGGACCAGGGAGUUGUCUUUGGGUGACUCCUCCCCUUUGCUGUCAGUGAAUCUUGGGUACAUUUUCACAAACCUGGUGUCACUCCAUCUCAAAGAUUUCUUUUUAUUCCCCUCUGGGAGGGGUGAGUGACCUAAAGUUUCUUUACAAGCUCCGGUAGGCACCCACAGUGUUGUCAAAGAGCUGAGUGUUGGGGAAGUGUCCAGCCUUGUCCAGGAGGAAGUAGAAGCGCCUGCCUUUGACCUUCAGAGGUAACAUAGCAGGGACUUCACCCCGGUGGGCCAUGCAGGAGACCUGGUUCAAGGGGACAGUGAUGUGGGCCCCCCAGCCAAAGGGGGCAUGAGUGGUGAGUGUCACCUGCUGCCCUCCAGCCCGAAGCAUCACUGAACGCACAGACCGGAGAGAGAAAAGAAGACCGGCAGCAAGCACCAGGGUUCCUGCGGGAACAGCAAAGACUGGGUGAGCGGUUUUCACUGGCCGAGCACCAGUCCUUCCGGCGCCUCCUGAAUAAAAGCAUGGUGAUGACGUUCACGGA